GUAGCUGAGCUGAAAUCUCUUUCACAGAUCUUAUAUCUCUGAAAGGGACAAUCUCCAAAUGUCUGUUGACUUUGAAGCCUGUGACAUGCGAGAUAAAGAAAUAGAGGACGUUUCUUUGUUGCUGCUCUGAUGCCAAGAGGACCUCGUGUCAAGCUUAAGCUGUUGCAUCCAACAUUGUGGAAUGUGGAUUUUGACUCCGCUGCAUUUUCCUAAGAAGACUGCUCAUGGCCAUCUCUACUGAGAGUUCUUACCUGAGUAUGCUGCUUAACACAGCUGUGAGGGUGAGGCAGGAAAGCAGUAUCACCAGAUCUGAGAAAGAGGAGACUACACAUUAACGAAGACGACAGCUGACUCCCCACAGCAAACACUCCUGGUCAGCCCUUCCACUGAGAAUUCUCCCGUCUUACUAGAAGGAAAGGCUUUUCUGUUCUGCCUGUACUUCUAAGCCUACAACCUCUGUAGACUGGAGACUUCACUGUUUCAUUGUCAUCAGCGAAUAAUUGUGGUAUCUCUUUGCUUUAGCAAACUGGAAAAUGGAAAUGAAGAGAAAUACAACAAAGUUGCUGUGGCUGUUGAUGUUCUUUGAUAUUGUGCCAUUCAGCUAUGAAAAAUCAAUGAGAGAGCGAGCUAUCGAGCUGAUGCAAGAUGCACGUUUAAUCGAUGGCCACAAUGACUUUGCGCUGAGACUGAGAAUAUUUUACCAAAAUAAACUCAGUGGAGUUAACUUAAGAGAACUCAACAAGACCCACACAAACUUUGAGAAACUUCAGGCUGGUUAUGUGGGAGCUCAGUUUUGGUCAGUGUAUGUUCUUUGCAGCGCUCAGAACAAGGAUGCUGUGCGUCUGACCUUAGAGCAAAUUGAUGUUGUCAAGAGGAUGUGUCACAACUAUGAAGAGCUUGAACUUGUGACAACUUCCCAAGGUAUCUCUGACAGUAGAAGGAUUGCGUGUUUGAUUGGAAUAGAAGGUGGUCACUCCAUUGACAGCAGUUUGGCAACACUGAGGAUGUAUUAUGACCUGGGUGUUCGUUACAUGACUUUAACACAUUCCUGCAAUACACCUUGGUCUGAAUCAUCAUCUAAAGGAAUACACAACUUUUAUCCUACUGUUACUGGUCUGACUGCAUUUGGCGAAGAAGUGGUAAAGGAGAUGAAUCGCCUGGGUAUGAUGAUAGAUUUAUCUCAUACUUCGUAUUCCACAGCAAAAUCUGCACUAAGUAUCUCAAAAGCACCAGUAAUUUUCAGCCAUUCCUCGGCAUUUGCUAUUUGUAAUCACUCAAGAAAUGUUCCUGAUGAUAUCCUCCAACAACUGAAAAAGAACAAGGGAAUUAUCAUGGUGACUUUCAAUGCAGAUGUACUGGCCUGUGGCAGAAAAGUUGUUAAUGUUUCUACCCUUGCAGAUCAUUUUGAUCAUGUAAAGAAAAUUGUAGGUUCAGAAUUUAUAGGAAUUGGUGGUGACUAUGAUGGAGUGAAAAGUUUCCCUGAGGGAUUGGAAGAUGUUUCUAAAUACCCUUCUCUGAUUGAGGAACUUCUUAGAAGAGGAUGGACUGAAACUGAACUGAAAGGGGUCUUAAGAGAGAACUUUCUCCGUGUCUUCAGGGAAGUGGAAAAUGUGCGGAACAUUAGUGGACUAAUGGAUGUAGGUGAAAGUGAAAUUCCACAAGAAGAAGUACAAAAUUCCUGUCGCCUAGAUCUACGUAAUCAUCAGCUUCAGACAGUCAGGUCCUUUGGAUUUCCUUCUGUGGCACAACCUUUCAGUCUUGUAAUUGUAUCAUAUCUAAUAUUGUAUUUUGAAUCAUAAGAUCUAUGGAGUCUAGAGAGAGACAUAUGGAGUAAUCUGCAAUGCAACUAGUUACCCUAAAAAGCUAUGUAAAGCCAUGCUAAUUUUUUUGAUAUAAUGCCUAUAAAUUCACCUGCAUACUUGAUAGAUAAUGUGGAUUUUAAAUGUUGUAGCAAAAGCAUUCAGAAUUUUAAGUGAUAAAUUCUACGUCAUCUUGACUAAACCAGGACCAACAUCAUUAGGUGUCAAUACUUUCCAUGAAUAAAUAAAUUCUCUAGUACAUGACACAUGGUUUUGGCACCCAUAUUGUGGCACUUGGAUCAAUACUGGAGUCCAGAAUCAGCAGUUCCACACAGGAACUAAAGAAUAUGAUUAAGACACCUGUGCUGAGAUGUUUUCAGAUAUUACGUCUUGUUAAAUCAGACAACUUUCAACACCAGUCAAUGGCUUAGUCAGAGAAGACAACCCCCCAGUAUAUGUAGAAGAGUGGGGUUUUUUGUUUUGGUUUGUUGUUUUUUUUUUGUUUGUUUGUUGUUGUUGUUUUGUUUGUUUUUGUAUUUGUUUUUUUUUUUUUUUAAGAUGACAUGGUGAUUGACAUGGCUAUUUCAAUUCAGAUUUCAUCUCUACUGCUAGCUUUAGGGAUCCAUCCUGCAGUAUUAAACUCUUACUUUUGAACGCUGACCAGGACACUGGGCAAGUGGAUAGUUACUGAAGGGCAGAAGGAGGUGUCUUGCAUUCAGGUACAGGUGAUCAGGCAAUGCUGUAGAUACUUUUCUAUAAUUUUGGGACUGCUGUUUGCUGCAUGUUUAUGAAGCUGGGAGCAAGAAUAAGCCAGGACAAAGUAAGAAUUCUGGCUACUCAGAGGGUGAGAUCUUGUUCUGAUAUUUUUAUUGCAGUCUGAAAAGUAUAAAAUGAGUAUUUAAAUAAAAAUUUUGUUAGAAUGCUCCACAGCCUUGUGGAAAUCUUUUUUGCAUUUGAACAGUGAUCCUUAUCAAUAACAGGUUUUAUUAUUUUAUUUUUAUUCUAGCUGGCUAAAAUCAGACCAUUGUCAAAGGAUUCAUAGGCAUGAGAUUAGAAAAAAAUCUUUUUAUGAUAAAUCUUCUGCUGUUUCAGCCUUUGGAACACGUUUUCAGAUACACAAGGUAUGUGAGGUUAGGAGCUACUGUUAUACAAAAGAGCAUAUAUGCUUCAAACCUGGAAUUUUAAUCAAAAAUCCUGAGAUUUGUGAUGAAAUUGUAAGAUGGCAGCACUACAUCUUUGUAGGGUCAUUUCCCAGUGGUUGUUGGUAAAUGUCUUCUUGUGAUACUUGCUGUUAAUUGUGAUUUUUAUCCCAUGAUAUGUGCUGUUAUUUACUGAUGACAUCUAUGGAAUUUAGCCUUUGUAUAAAAUUAAAGCCCUGUAAUUGAUCUAAGGACAGCAUCUGUUAACACACAAAGUAUUUAACAACUGAAAGACAAGGCUAAGCAUGAACAGAAAGGAAACAGCAAGUCAAUUGUUUUCUAGUCAUUCAGGACUGUUCCUGUCAUCCAUUUCUGCAUUCCAAGUAGGGUUUCUGGAAGAAUACUGUUCUUUGCUUCAAAAUGAAGCUUCAUUAGGUCUUCUGAUAAGGUGGUCUCCUUGAUGAAUAUAUUCUGAAUAUACUACUGUCACUUACUAAAUUCUUUACAAAUCAUGUUGAAUAUCUGCAUACAAGCAAAGUUUUUAAGAGAAGUUUCUCAAUAAAUACUGAUCCUGCUUAUGCAUCU